GAACAUUCUGAACUGAAGGUUAUUACAAUAACCAAAAAUUCAAUCUGCCUUCAUCUUAUAAUAUUGUCUACAUACCGACCUCUCAACCCAAUUGUAUGUACCGAUACUCCAUUAUCUGUUUUUGUCUCAACAAUUCCAUUGUCAAGGACGUCUCUUCAAGUCUGGGUACGAAAUAUAUGUCAUUCGUCAUUCACAAUUCCGUAUCUGUGUACAACAUUCUGACCUGCUAAGUCGACCACGAAUCAAGAAACCUUACCUGCCGAAGAUAAUCAUCCUUCAGACACAAGCGUAGCUACUUCAAUAAUUCUCUCUCAUCAUCGAACACAAUUUGGGGAUAUUUCUACCGCAUCCGCUGUUUUGAUAAUACAAAAUGGCUAGAAGUUUGGCCACACAAAGAUGGCCGGCCUUGAUUCGAAAUGCUAGGACUACCACGGAGCAGAUUGCCAAUCUGAGGGCCCUUAAAAAUGAGAUCGUUGGACAUGCUCCAAAGAAAGAAAUGGCUGUAACCAUGGGCCUUGUGGAACCUGUCGUACGCAUAAGUUUCAAUAAGUUCAAUUCCAGAAAUCAGGAUUGGAAAGCACACGAUCAUAGUUAUGCGAUCCGACCGUUAGAAGAAGAGGAAAUGGUUCGACUACAGGCUCUACAGGUCCUGGGAAGCCUUGCAUAUGGUUAGCAUACAUGUUAUUUUUCUUAUGGCUCUUAUUAACAAGAACUAGGUGGUCCAGCCUUCCUCGCUCCAUUACACUAUGGCUCUGCGCUCCCGGCGAUCCUGUCGAAUCUUUGCCCAAUAAGUAAUCCGCCACAAAUAGUCCUCGCAGCGUUGCGGGCUUUGUCCAACCUCGCAGAAUCCGCAAUGCUUGCUACUAGCACACACCCUAUUACCAUUAAGUCUCUGGCGGCAGCGUUGUUCGUACGCCCACAUCUCGCCUCUCUAACUCGCAUCAUCUCCCAAACUUCAUCGUCUCACAUCAUACAAAAUCAAAUAUCCUUGGCGGCUACACUCAUAGCCCGAAUAUGUCGACAGGAGUCCUAUCAACAAAGUCUCGCAACUUCCGGUGUUCUGGAUGCCUUGGCUGUGAGACUGGCAAGCUUCGUUGUGGCUCAGGGCCUUGUUGUUCCAGGUGCCGAUAUCAUAGCGCAUAGGGAAGGUUUACGGGAAUACAUCCCUGCGGCUGCUCCUUCAACUGCUUAUUUCUCGGGAUUUUGGAGGCUAUAGCUAGCAUUGUCGCCGAAUCCAAGUUCAGAGCUUCGCAACUCAUUUAUCACCCAUCAAUCAUGGCGGUAUUUCCAUCAAUUCCUGCCGGCGAUGCGCCGAUCCUACAAAGCUCGAGAGCUGCUUGGAAUACGUUCAAUACAGGAAGUUUAAGUUCACGACAAAGCCAGUUGAGUGCCAUUGAUUACCUGCUCCCGAUCGUUCCACAGUACCCAGUGAAGAGCGCACAGGCAUCUGCAUUUCCCCCACUUGGUUCAUCAGGAUCUCGGGAGCCUCUCAAUGGUCGUGGAAAGUCAACUUCUACAUCGAUAUGGUCUGAACCUCCCCCGGAGCGAAAUGGUUCACCACAAGAGAGUCAAGCCGCUCUCGAGGACCCUGAGACUCCUCUGGUUGCAUACCUGAUAUUUAUUAUGAGAUCUCGGGAAGGCGAGGAGAGACUCAUGGCUUCUUAUUUACUGACAGUUCUAUUUCGAGCCGGCCUUAUCAAUAAAGCCAGGGAACCAGCCUUAGGUUUACUGGUUGUGCCUCUACUUGUGCAGAUGUUGGGUGAAGAGGCGACUCAAGUCAAGUCCAAGGAUAUCUCUUGUGACCAUGAAUCGUUGAGAGUCGAGUGGUCAAUCACAGAAAUGGCACCACGGAUCUUGUCGUUGCUAAUUACAGAUAGCGAACACCUUCAAAAGCUACUUUCCAGAGUAAGGCGAUGACCAAGCUCUCUAAGUUGAUCAAACUAUCUUACGAACCAGUACCGGAAAGUGUCAAUGCACAACAUUGGUCGCCUAUCAAACCAAAUGCAGAAGAGGAUUAUGUGGAACAAACCCCUUCAUCACGUCUUGGUGAUCCUGGUCAAUCUGCUCUUCUCGUUCACAAAAUCAAAGUAAGGGAAAGCGUAUUAAGAGCUAUAGCAUCACUUAUUCCAUUCAAAGAAGAACAUAGAAAAUCCGUUGUGGACAACGGUAUAAUUCCUUACAUUGUCGAAUCUUUGAACCCUAAUCCGCAAAAGCCAUCAACUAAAGUCAACGAAAAAGGCGACAAAGCCGAAAAGAAAAACGAUUCAAGUAACCCUGAAGUUAAACAAGAAGGAUACGGGAUCAAUCCCGUAGGCGUUCUUAUUGCUGCUUGUACGGCGACUCGAGCCUUGGCGAGGUCAGUUUGUAUACUUCGGACUACCUUGAUUGAUAAUGGAGUAGUUGCGCCGAUAUUUCCCCUUCUUUCUCACCAAGACAUCGAAGUUCAAAUUGCUGCUACCGCUGCAGUCUGCAAUCUUCUUACCGAUGUUGCCCCAAUGCGAGAGGUUUGUACACAUUUAAUGCUGUUUUCGAUACGUUUUUACUAACCUAUUUGCAGAGCUUCAUGGAACAUGGGGUACUUAAAAUACUUUGUGGACAGGCACACUCCGCGAACGCAAAGCUUCGUCUGAAUGCUACCUGGGCACUCAAACAUUUUGUCCUUGGUGUCGGUAACGAAACCAAAAGAGCGUGUUUGGAAGAGCUGGGAUCAGGAUGGUUAGAUCGCCUUAUUUGUAACGAUACAGAAGAUGAAGCACUUCUCAAAGAAAAUAAUUAUAACCAAAACACGGCCUCAGGUGUCGACGAUGCUAUGGAUGAAGAUGUGGAGAUGGAUCAGUUUGAAACGCCAACGGGGGGUUCACUAUCAGCUCAUAAUAAUUCCAGGCCUAGCAGCAGUCGCAGUAAAAGCUUGCAGCAAGCAGAAGCGAAGCUCGCUGCGUUACGAGAAGCUGAACUGAACCCGGCCAAAAGAGCUAGGAAAGACGACCUCGCAGUUCAAGAACAAGGCCUGGACUUUAUACGGAAUUUGAUUUCUAGUGCAGGAUCCGGACAUAGCAAUAGCGCAGAAAACACUGAGAUGAUUGAUUACCUAUUCAGUUCUCUGGGCCAAGACCGAGUUUUCGAAAUUCUAGCUUCCAAGCUAAGACCGAAGAUCAUUAAUCGUCCUUCCAACUCCACUUCCCGGGGCUCUAGUACAUCGGAAGCAAAAGUUAUUCCGCCUCAACCAGAGAUCAUCGUUGCUGUCGUUUAUAUCCUAGUCCAUAUGGCCGCUAGUAUUCCGCAACAUCGUCAAAUCGUCAUAGCCCAAACCGAACUCCUCAAACUUCUCGUCCCCCAUUUUAACAACCCAGCCUUUGAAGUCCGCGUCGCCAUGUGCUUUUUAAUUGCAAAUCUCACUUGGGUAGACGACUCGAACGAUGGACCGGCUUGCGCGCAACGCGUGCAUUCAUUGAAACAACUUGGUAUCCUUCAAAAGAUUGAAAAUCUGGAACAUGAUCCGGAACUGGAUGUGAGAGAGAGGGCUAAAGUUGCAAUUUGGCAAAUGAAAGCGCCAGUUUUUAAUAAUUAAAUACAAAUAUUUUAGCAUGUGUAUAUGGGGAAACGGUAAUUGGAAAAUCUUAUAGCAUUGGCGUUUGCAGUGGGGAGCUUGAACCUCUGCAAGCAUGAAUUGACGAUAAUGGGUAUGGAACGUUUGUAUUACUACGCGUGGAAAUGAACUCGAGGCAAAAGGCAAUAAAUGAUGACGGGCUGUUAAUCAGAUACUGAACCUGAGCAAUUGCAAAUUGGGCAACAUGAAUAAAAAGGUACGGAAAUUCAGUCAGACAGUCAACAAGCGAAUUACACAUUUUCAAUCGGUUCCGAAAAGUUGACUUUGUGUUCUUCUUGUGUUGUAUUUUUCGU